AAAUGGGCAAAAAGCUCAAUAUCCCUCCACAGCUAUACACACCAAACUAUGCUGGAUUAUUUUUUGUGUGUAAUUUAAUGAUAUUUUAUAUGACUUGAUUUAAACCCCUCUCGCACCUAAACCCCGCCCACAUGUGCCGCGUUACCCGGAAAUACGUCACACCAGUGAAGCUAAAGAUGCUUGAACUGCCGUUUGACUUUAACAUUAAGUUGUACUCUGUGGCAAACUUUGGCCACACCUAGAUCCUGUCCCAUUUCCACACACACACAUACUCACAAAAAAUAACACACACACAAAAACCAGGCUUUUUUUUUUUUUUCUGGUGCGUUUGUUUGUGUGACGGCGAGUCCCGGCGGUGUAAGCGGAGAGGGGCCUCACAGAGGGAAUGCAGGACUGCAAUGGAGCACAAUGCAAUACAGUGGUUGGGUGCCCCCUCCUGCCAGCGAGGCAGCUAUGCCUUCUAUAAGUCGGUGAGCAGCAGAGCUCAACCUGAUGGGCCCGUCCAGGUGUGGAAGCUCGGGGAAUUUUACUUCAUCCGAUGUGGACCGCAGGAUCCUGUGUGCAUCGCAGAGGUGACCUUACUGUGGGAGGACCAGACACGGCGCCACUUGCUGGCCAGCACCAGACUCUACUUCCUGCCUGAGGACACGCCGAAGGGUCGGACCACAGAGCACGGAGAGGAUGAGGUUCUGGCGGUGUCCAGAAAGAUGGUUGUGCGGGUGGAGGACCUGGUGCAAUGGGCGUGUGCAGAGCCAACAAGUUGGAGCGGCAGCCUCAAGCCGCUGCCCUGUGGGAUCAACGGCCUCCACAAACCUCUACAGAUUAGCGACGACAAUGGCAACAUCAACGACAGCAUCGAGCAUCCUAAAGACAAAACUGAGAACGACCUGGUGGAUCGACAGUGCAUCAAAGUGCUCAGCUACCCGCAGUACUGCCGCUUUCGCUCCCUGCAGAGACGCAUCCAGGACAGAGCGAGGGGGCCGGGGAUGCAGGACCCCCAUCUGCUGGCCCUGGGAGGCGUAAAGGCUCUGGCCAACAUCCGUCUGAUGUUCUGUAGAGACACCUUUAACCACCCGACGCUGGAGAGCAGCGCUGGCUUCUCCUGGCAGUUCAGCUGUCCGUCUCUCAGUCUUCGAGGGCGUCCUCGCAAGAGGAGAGGCCGAGACGGCAAAGACUCCCCAACCUCCGGCCAAUCAGAGUCUUGGAUCGAGAAGAUGAAGGAGAACGUAAUGGGCAGCGUGGAGGUUGGCUGUGAGGGCAGCUGGCUCCCUCACCCUGAAGAGCAGCUGUUCCUAGAUCAGCUCUUCACCUUCAUGGAAAGCCUCGGCUCACCCAUCCACAAGGUCCCCAACCUCGGCUUUAAGAAAAUCGACCUUUUCCUCAUGUACUCUGUGGUCAAACGACUCGGAGGCUACAAAAAGGUGACAGUGGACCGUCUCUGGAAAAUAGUUUAUAACGAGCUGGGAGGAUGCCCCGGCAGCACCAGUGCUGCUACCUGCACCAGGAGACACUACGAGAGGCUGAUGCUUCCUUAUGAAGAACACCUCAGAGCAGGAGGAGCAGAAUUCAAAAUCCCAGAAACCCCCUUGCCUCCGAAACCCAGAGGGAUAAGAGGAAGGAAACCACAUCAGAGAGGCAGAAAACCAGGACCCAAAGCCAAGGACAAGAAGCUGGCAGCUGCUGCUUCUUCUCGUACUAUCGUGACCCCAAAUGGCACUGUGGUGGUGAAGAGAGGCAGAGGCCGGCCGCCGGGCACACGCAACAAGAGCACGCUGAUCGCUCAGGCGAAGCUGCUUGCUCAGCAGCAGGCUAAAGUCAAAGCAGCAACAGAGCCCCAGCAGCAGUGCCCUGGAGGUCCACCAACUGCCAGCAGCACACACAGGCUCAUUCAGACAGCUAUCCUCCCUGUCAACAUGCCCCUCACCCCUGACCUCUCCCCCAUGUCUGCCCCCUUCCUCCCCUUCCCGCCUAAACCAAAGGAGCUGAAGUCGGACCGAGGGGGGUCUGUGUCUCCUGCACCAGGUAUGCUCCUCUCCACUCUGCCUCGCCAUUUCGUCGGAGGAUCUCUGGGUGGCUUCAGCCCCAUCAAAGGCAUCUGUCCUUUGGAUGUCUUCAGGAACCGCAUAAGCCUCCAGAGAGGCCCGGAGAGCCCGGCCCUGACUCCCCAGGACCCGACCCAGCAUCACCCGACCAUCUACACCCUCCAGACAAAAAGUGGGAGUCCGGAUACGCCUCAUCCCAGCGGGGACCAGCUGCAGCCACAGCCCCACCCGCUCCACCAGCAACACAACCGCUGCUCAGGGUGUAACGUCGACGAGGCAGCUCAGAGAGGAGGCAGUCGGGAUGCAAGGAACCGGCCUCCUCUGCCCCCUCUCCGGGUCCUGCCUUUGAACCUGGACUGCAGCGUUCAGGUGUGCCAGCUGAUGAGGACUCGCUUAGGCUCAUCUCAGUUCCAGACCUUCACCCGCCGGCUGUCUGAGGCUCUGUCCCAGGACCUGAGCACCAAGCCCCCCUGCUCCCCCAUCACCCCUCCCCCGGAGCAGGCGCUGCCCCUCAACCUCAGCAAACGCUUCACCGUCAAGAGACCCAGCACAGAUGGACCGGAGUCUAGUAUGGCAACGAUCAACGGGAGCACAGAUCAAUCGCCAUCCAAGAGACCCAGACCCAGCUGCACGGAGCAGGCCGAGGACUUCAGCCUAGGAGGCCGGUCCAGCUCUGGAGGAAGUGGAGGAGGAGGAGAGCAGGAUAUGGAGAUGAAGAACCAGGAGGAACCCGCAGACCUGAGCUCGCCCAGCAGGAUUAGGGCCUUCCUGCUCGGGCUGCCACCUUUCCAGGUGAAGUUCGAAGAGGAUCUUAACGGGACAAGAUUUGGGAAAUUUCUGCCACCAGGAUCUAUGGCUGAAACCCAGAGGAAAGAGACAGAGAUAGGCGAAGCAGGAGUGGUAGUCAAGAGAGAAGUAAAGAAGGAGGAAGGGGUGGUUGAAAUAGAGCGAUGUGAAACUGAAAAAAGCAACACGCUACAGAAGUCAGAGCAGGAGGAGAAAGAUCCCAGCCCCCUCUCUGGUCCUGGUCCAGCAGAGCUUAAGAUAGCUGGUCACUCAAACACUGACACACACUGUUUUUAGCAUUAUUCCCUCUAUUGAUAUUAGCAUUUUGUGAUCAGAAAACUGUUGGGGAUUGGUCAGUUUUGGAAUGUGGAAAGUUGUAUCCACCGUGGGGCUUGGUGUUGGUUUUGGACACCGGAUGCUUCGGUGGUUGAUCCGGCUCAGGUUAAAGCCUGAAUACACGGAGCAGGGAUGUGUCUUUGCCUCAUAUUUGAGAACAUUUGAACUCAUAGCUUUUUGUUUCCCAUCUUUGUCUCUGUGUUGUUAUUUCCUGUUUUUUUUUCAGUUUUUUCGAUCACGUUGUUGAUUGAACUUGUCAGAGGAAUGACGACACUGAGAUUCAUGACAAUCACGAAUCAGUUUCUCUUCCUUUCUCUGUUUAUUUGUCUCUUUACGGUAAAAAAACCCAGAGGAGUGAGACUGUGACUCUUAGACAAACACUGCCAUAACCCUCCAUAACACUAUUAACUCCAUUAUUCAAUGUUACAGUGAAAUAUUGAAUAAGAUCCAUCUUACUGAAAAUAAAAACCAACUCUUAUCUAUGGGUGAUGCUAUGCAUCAAGACUUCAUAAAUCAGCAUCUAGAGUGUACUGUAGUAUGGUAGUUUCAUUUUUAAAUUGUACUCUACUUCUGUAGAGAGAUAGUUAUUUUCUGAUAAAGUGUCUAGAUGUUAUCUGGAGCUCCUCAGUCUUCACAUUAUAGCUCGUUUAGUGAAGCCUUUCUAUAGUCCUGCUCGUUAGCUGAAAUUAUAUAAACGUUUCUUACACAUAUGUGCCUUAUAUGGCCUGCGAUCUGUUUCGUCGCCGGCUUCAAAUACAUUCAGUUAAAGAGAUACCUUGAUGUUGGACCUGUUUAGUUUUCCCUCACUCGUCAGUACAGCUGGCCAUCUUUAAAAUACUAUUGUGGAUAACCGAGUUACUUUGAAAAAUAUAUACUACAAAACUUCCAACAAAAAGAAGCCAAAGUCCUUAAAUUUAAAAUAUUGUCUUAAUAGUAGAAGUACAAGAGCUUGUCUGAAUAAAACACUGUUUAAAAGCUGGUAAAAAAUAAAAAGUAGGUUUAAAUUCAAGAAGGGUAAAAAUCUGACCAGCCAUUUGAUGCCAGCUCUUGGUAGGGAUGGGAAUUGAUAAGAUUCUAUUGAUACUAAUGCCGUUAUCGAUUCUGCUUAUUGAUCCAAUUCUUAAUUGAUUCUCUUAUUGAUCACUGAUGUAUUCAGUUUUCAUUACGUUUUUCUUAGUGAAAAAAGAAAACCUAGGAAACACCAUGACUCCUUUUUGCAAGUGUCCAGCAGCAUGGACGCAUGAUGUUUGAUGUCACUGUUUUGCAAUGUGCAGGAAACAUAAGCUCAAUUCUGGCACAAAAUUCUGAUGGAUCAGACAAUUUUUAAGUUGUAUCACAAUUCCCAUUCUUGUGCGUUUCACUUAUCUUGAGAAACAUAAACUACAAAAUCAUCAACAAAAGAAACCAAAGUCCCCAAAUUGUAAUGUCUUAAUACUAAACGCUCUGCAAGAGCAUGUCUUUUUUUUAUAGGUAUAAUCAAGUAGUAUUCAAUUCUGCCAAGACAUUGGAUGCCAGUUCUCAGUACUAAAAAAGUGUUAAAGGUUCGAUACUGUUCUCGGACACGCUACCACUGUCCAGGUUGUUCAACCAAUAAGAAAUCACCACUGAAGGAAGAAUUGCGCGGGGAGAUGAAACAUAAAUAUGUAGCCCAAACAUUCAGACUACCUCAGGUUUUUUUUCUUGUAAAGUUUCCACCUGCUUUAUCUGUUUCAGGGGGGGUGGAGCUUAUCCCAUCAUGCAUUUGUGUAGAUGACAGGGUUGGAUGCUGGUCCAUAAACACAGAUGACUUAGAUAUGCAGUGCAUAUUAAAGAAUAAUUCUGGUGCCAUUCUAGAUUUUACUUAUUGUCUUCCAAUCCCAUGAAUGGAUUGGUUUGGCUCUUUUCAUUGAGGAGAAUCAGAAAAAUGUAGACUAUUACCAGAAUUAUCCUUCAACCUGCAGCCCGUAUCUUGAAACAUCAAAUUUGCACAAACCCCUUAAAAAUAAAACUAAAAAUAGUGCUUUCCAUAUAUACAUUCAGAUAUUUGAGAUUUUUUGUGAUUGGAUAAAAAAUAGGAUUGUGGACUUGAACAUUAGACCGAUUGGACUCAUAAAGGCGGUGAUGGUUAACCUUUCAACUUGUUCUAUUAUUUCUUUUUCAUGAAAAGUGACAUUUUUAGAAAAACACUUAAUCAGCUACCUGGCUAUGAAUUUGAUGAGAAGAUUGAUAUUACUUUCUAUGAAGCUACACUUAGCAGCCACUUUGAUUAGCAAAGCUAGCCAGUUAAAAAUGUCUACCUCCAAACACAUCUAAAACUCAAUGAUUAUCAGUUGUUUGUUUAAUCUUUACAGAAAAUGAAGUGUAAACUAGAACAAGUUGCGCUUUUGGGGUAAUAUAGCAGACUAUUUUUUUGCUGUAACCAGUGACUUCCUGUAGUCAAACACAUAGCCCCCUGUAAACUCAUGCUACUUACGCACAACAGUUUGUAUGAUAUCUUAUGAAAUAUGUCCUUUCUAUUCAACACUGUGAAACAUGCGCAAUUUUAAACCUGGUUAAUGUUUUAAAACAGAAAUACUUGGUUAGGUUUAGAGAAAAGAUCAUGGUUUGGGUUAACGUAAGUUAGUUAUGCACAGAACUGAACUUACAAGUAAAGUUAUAUAAGUAAAUUCAAAUAAAUGAAUGUUGACUUUUGGUCAAUGUUUUGACAUAGAGAUGAUUAUGAUAAAGCAUGACAUAGAUUGUAACAUUAUGCCUAUGUAUGCCCUGAAAACAGCUUGAAUUAGCUACUUUUGGAUGGAGCCUGUUUCCUUCUGUUUUCUGUCUUUGUGCUGAGCUAAGCUUAUUUCAUAUUUAGUGUGCAGACAUGAGAGUGGUAUCAAUCUUCUUCUCUAUAUCUCAGCAUGAAAGCAAAUAAAUGUAUUUCCCAAAAUGAUAAUAAUGCUUUUGGAAUAUGGCCAAGCUGUACAGAUGGCAUUUCUACCUGGCUGAGAUCUGAUUAUAUUCUGACUGUUAUAAGUGCUGCUGCAUUUAAAUAUUUUUUUCCUGAUGAUAUUCAGACACAGAUCGUAUGUUAAUGCCGGGUGAAAAUGAGAAAAUUGAACCUGCAGCAUUCACCAAAGAACGUGUUGCGGUUUUCUUUAAACCAAUCCACUGCUCCUACUGGCUUCUUCCUCUUGUUCAUCUUAAGUGCCAACACAAAACAGCGACUCCAUAUUGUGACAAAAACCUUGUAUAGUUGGAAAAAAGAAAAUUAAAAUGUCAAGGUAUCCCUUUAAUCACAGCCUUCUCCUUCGACUCGUCUUGGUUUAUUUCAGAUUUGCACACCUACUGUACCCACGUGCUUAAUUUGUUUUUCCAUAUUUAUAUUUGCCAUGUUUAAUUUUUUUCUUCUGCCAAUGUUUUGUUAUUUUAGUAGUGGAAUCAACUACGACACCGAAAUUAAGUGGUGCUGUUUGUUCUUAGUUAUGUAACCAUAUUGUUGUUUAUUUUUUUUAUUGAUAAAGCUGCAAAUUCUUUUCAUCUCAGCAAGUUAUUAAGUCUUGACUUCAGUCUCAAACAGCUUUUUGUCUACUUUUAAAACAAGUUUAAAAUGUCUCACAGCAGAUUUAUGUGUCCAGGGAGGUUUAGGAAAAUAUUUUAAAGAACUAAAUUAAAAAAGAUAACGGGACUUGUUAUGAAAAUAUUUGCAGUUUUUUCUGAUUUAUUUGACUGUUGGCUUUGUUUGAGACAGAUAUGAAUUGUUUGUGAAUGAAUGCAUGAGUAGAGAAAUGUAUACUCAGUAGAUCAUAGCUGGGCAGAUGCACCAAAGCACAUGUAACCCCACAACAAAUCACCAGACCUCCAUAACCUUUCUAUAACAUUUAUCAUCAUGUUGAAGUCAGAGUUCUCGUUAGCAGUUCAGGAUAUUGUAAGUCAUUAUUUUAUGACUCUUACAAGAGGAAGAUGAGAUGCUUUUUGUGAUUAUUUCUUGAAAACAAUCAUCAAUGCAGUAAGAUUUUAUGUAUCUCACAACAAGUCUGAUAAUCUUACAACAUGAUUAAUGUAUAUUUUGUGUCUUGUUCUGCUUUAUCUUAUCUGUAAACCUUUAUUUAUUAGGGCGAGGUGAUUCUGAGUCUGUUGUGCAGUGAUGCCCUGCGUCACACUCGAGCAGUAAAGGCCUUGGUAUGCUUUAAAGGAAACAGUUGGUAUGACUGCGGCUAAAGAUAAAAGUGUUUUAGCUGUUCUGAAUGGCUACACUCGAUGGAGAGGUGAAAAGUCACUUGGCAGCUGUAAUAUACCAACAGCAUUUAACCCCCCCACACACACGUGACUCAUAACUUCUAAUCGUUAAUGCUCGAUGACGUCCUUUUUUGUACAUAAAAAAAUGACCGGUGUCAAGAGCUUGAGUGCAGACUCCACUGACCAAUCACUGAACAAAUUGGGCCCAGUUGCUGUGUUUUUCAGCCGUUCUGCUGUAAGAAACAGGGUUUUUUUCCCCACCAUCUUAAUAGAUCGGCAACCCCACAAUAACGGUUUCCUUCCACACACUGCUCUCCUGAAAAUGGCUUUUUAAAUGCAACCCCACAAAAUGUCCUAGCUGGCUAAUUAGCUUCUUCUUGGCCUUUGAUGCAACACUGGCCUGGGAAGUUAGUCAGACAUGCUAAAUAUGUAGCUCACAACAAGCACAGAAUUAAAUCCACUACUUACAAUGAUGUUACAAGAUUUUCAACUCUUAUAUUAUUAUACUCUAUGUAUAACUCUUACGGUUUGUGGACACCAGCUACAAACGGAAUUUUGCCUUGCGUUACUGCGUAACAACAUUGGUGGAAAUGACCAGUUUUUCUGCUUUGUACUUAUUGUAGUUCCAAAUACGUUGGAAGACUAAAUGCUGUUUUGGGCACACAGCUUUCUCCAGGAACUGUUGGAACGACACGUCAUUACCAGAGCAGUAUGAAGCUAAACUAAGUAGAUUUUGCUCUGAUUUAAUUGCAAUAAACAGAUCAAAAUUAUGCUGAAAUAUCUCCAUCAUAAUGCAGAUGAGUAAAAAGAAUUCAUGCUUUCCCAGGUCUUUCCACAAGACGACAAGCAAACUACUUUAAAUAUCUUGUUUUCUGGAUGGAAUUCGGAUAAAUCUGGGCUCAUAUUUAGUGCGAUAUCAUACAAAGCCAGCUGAAAACAUUUUUGACUCCAUUUCAACAAUUCAUUGCGUCUCCACCUCCUCAACAUAGCGCCAAGCUUUUCACCCUUCGAGUGCGACACUUUUGCCUUCAGUCGACACUUUGUGCAAACUAGUUCAUUUCAAGUAUCACACUCACACACUGGCAGAUUCCCAGUCAAACCACAGCUCCACUGGACCAAUUUUGUCUCAGUCUGACUCUUCUGAACAUUAUGUUGCCUUAGUUAGUUUUAUUAUUUUCCUGCAUGCUCAUGUUUAUGUUUAUAACAACAUGCCGCCAACGCCUGGUGUGUCAUUCACUUUUGGAGAGUGGAGAUAUUCUAGUUUAGAGUUAAACCAGUAUGAGAGACAUAGUUUUUCUUUUUAUUUGGUUAUUUAAGCUUUAGUUUGUAAAAGUUUCUUUAGCUAUAAUUUCUUUUCUUUUCUCCUUUGAUAAUGUUAAAGAUUUAAGUGUUUACAUUUUGUUAUGCAUGUUCAAACAGAUUUGUUAUAUCCAGUGUUUUGCACACUACUUCAGCAUUAGUCUUGAACGGCACUGCUCAUUUAUGUAAAGUACUUAAAAAUUAAGUGCCUGAUGCUUAAAAAUUGGAGAUGAUAUUUGUAAGCAAAGUUACAUUUGCUCAUUAGCCUUCAUGCCAUUGACUUGAACAACGGCUCCUGUUGUCGUGUGAUGUUUUAUUGAUCCUGUGUUUCAAAGCACGACGGAGGAUAAUCUCAGCAGGACAGCAGGACGCUUGCUCUGCUCCGCGGCGUCUGUCGGAGCAAACUGGACCUACAGGACUCGACACCUAGUGGCCAUCAGAGCGCUCAGUGAUGUGAACCAUCUGGUGAGCAACAUUCAUGAAGAUAAAUGAUCAAAUUAAAGGUGCUACAUGUGACAUUUUAACAUCUGUGCAGAAAGGGGGCGCUGUCCUCAACAAACAAGCAGUAGAAAACAAACAGAAGAAGAGUAACUUUGUAGCACUUUGUGGUAAAACUAUACUGUGAAAUGUAUGGGCUGCAACAAAGAACUAUUUUCAUUAUCAAGUGAAUGUGCUAAUCAUUUUUCAUGGUUGAACCAUUAAUUGUUUAGUCCAUAAAUGUUGAUCUUUUCUUGAAACUUCUUAUUUUUCUGACCAGCAGUCUAAAGAUGAGUUUGAUAUCCUAUAGAAAAAAAGAAAUUAAAUAGAUUUCUGCACUCCAAAACCAUACAUUUGACAUUUUUGUGUAAAAAUGACUUGAAAUGGAAUUAAAAUAUAUUAUGUUUUUAGUCUACAAAACAUAAUAUUAUAAUGAAAUGGGAAAUGUAGUCUGAAUUUGGAGAGCCACCAGCAGUUAAAGUGCUUUUCCAUUGUAUAAAAUUGAUAAUGCUGAUGUUAAAAAUGCUGCAUGUGGCACCUUUUUUUUUUAUAAAGUGUUGGAUGUUAAGUACCAAUGAAUGUUUCAGUCACAUCUUCCUGUGAUCUCAUUUUUAUCACUUGACACCAUUUCCUCUCAUGUUUUGUUAUUUUUUUCCACCUUGAAACAAAAGAUCAACUUUAAAAACAGAAAUCGGUCACAUCUUUUCUUAACAAACUGUGUUGAACUUGUGAAGAGAACGGACGCUUUCUGUUAUAAUCACAGUCACCUGCUCAUGUGCACCGAAAAUAUCUGCCGUUGGACUUGACCUUUUGAUUGAGGCUCUGUGUUCUUGCAUAUGUUUGAUAUGAUGAUUGCAGAUCUGCAGCACAAACUCCAGUUCCAUUUUUUAGUUUCUAUAAACGGUAAACGGCUGGCAGUGUCAGGUACCAUUCCAUUUUAACACUGUAUAUUUAUAAUAAAAGUAAUCUGUUAAUAAAA